AUGCAGCUCUGCAAGGGACGUGUGCUGGGGAUCUUUGUUGCUAUAGCACAUGGGGUGUUCUCUGGCUCCCUGAACAUCCUGCUGAAGUUCCUGAUAAGCAACUGCCACUUCACCUUCCUAACCCUAGUGCAGUGCACCACCAGCUUUACUGCAGCUGUCACCCUGGAGGUGCUCCGGCGCUGCGGGAAGAUCUCAGUGCCUCCAUAUGGGCUCAAGCUCGCCAGGACGUUUGUAGGAGUGACCAUUUUCUCCACUCUGCAGUCCACCCUGACCCUGUGGUCCCUGAGAGGACUCAGUCUUCCCAUGUACGUUGUGUUCAAGCGAUGUCUGCCCCUGGUGACUGUAUUACUGGGAGUACUGGUGCUUAGGAACGGGCUGCCCUCUGUAGGGGUGAUCAUUGCAGUAUUAAUCACCACUUGUGGUGCUGCUUUGGCAGGGGCCGGUGACCUGAGCGGAGAAGUUGUAGGAUACAUAACGGGAGUGCUGGCUGUAUUAGUUCAUUCUGCUUUUCUUGUAAUUAUCCAAAAGACAAGUACAGAUAGUGAACAUGGGCCUGUGACUGCGCAGUACAUAGUUGCCAUUACUUCAACUCCUCUGCUCCUAAUAUUCUCCUUUGCCAGUUUGGACAUGAUCAAGGCAUGGUCUUUUCCAGGUUGGAAAGACCCAGCCAUGGUUUGUACUUUCAUUGCAUGUACUCUAAUUGGUUGCGCCAUGAAUUUUACCACACUACAUUGUACAUAUAUCAAUUCAGCCGUCACAACAAGUUUUGUUGGAGUAGUAAAGAGCAUUGUCACCAUUACAGUAGGCAUGCUUGCCUUUGAUGAUGUGGCACCGACUUCCCUUUUCAUAGCCGGUGUCGUCGUCAACACAUUUGGGUCCUUAAUCUACUGUGUGGCCAAAUAUUUUGAGAUGAGGAGACAGAUCAACUAUGAAGAUCUGGAAAAGGAAGCAAUUAAAGAUGAAAAGGAGCCUCAAGCUGGACAGCCUCCACCUUUUGUCAUGGAAGAAAUUUUACAGGACAAUAGUUCUGAAGGAAAUGCACAAGAAAAGUCAGUGACUGAAACUGAGAAUCCCACUGAAGAAAAGAAAGGAAGCACAUUGGCUGCAGUUUUGAAAUCACAUGGUCCAGCAAAGACUUCUGAUGAAGACGGCAGUAGUCCGUUAAAAGAUGCUUAUCUUGGAGUAUGGAGGAUGGUCAGGGGUACUAGAUUUUUAAAGAAGGAUUACCUUAUAGAAAAUGAGGAGCUUCCUAGUCCUUAA